AUGAUGUCCAAGAAGCAGUUCGCUUGUAUGCUGGCCCUGCACAUUGUGUAUUUGCUGGUAGGCGCCAGUAUAUUCUACCACAUCGAAAGUCCGGUGGAGGUAGCUCAGAGGGCGGAGGAAAAACUGGAAAGACUUGAAAUCCAAAAUCUUCUCUACGAAAACUACAUUCCAAAUGACCCAACGAAGCAGGACAGUAUCCUUCGGAAGCUUUCGGAAUACUGCGGAAAGCCGAUGUACAACAUCACAACGGAAGACGAAGAACCGCCGUACAUGUGGGAUUUCUACCAUUCACUUUUCUUCUCGUAUACGGUCGUCAGUACUAUUGGCUAUGGUAACCUCUCCCCCACCACCCAUCUUUCGAGGAUCCUCAUGAUUUUCUACGGUCUCUUCGGUAUUCCUAUCAAUGGAAUCUUGCUUGCCAAUCUCGGUGAAUACUUCGGACUACAGUUGAUCUCCGUCUACCGCAAAUACAAGAGACGCAACGAAAAGCGAGCUGAUAAGCUCGAUUACUUCUUCAACAACCUGGGAAUGCUGGGGCAGAUCUUCCUCUACUUGGUGCCGGGUUUUCUGUUCUUCAUCUUCCUACCUGCUUGUAUAUUCGUCGUGUUUGAAGGCUGGGAUUUCGUCGCAGGAGUUUAUUACGCGUUCGUUACGUUGACAACUAUUGGUUUUGGCGAUUUGGUCGCAGGCACCGUCAACAACGGUUUCAAAGAAGGCUACUUCCUGACCUAUCAAAUAUUCCUCCUCGUUUGGAUAACAUUCGGCCUCGGAUACAUAGUAAUGUUAUUAGGUUUUAUUACAAGCGGCAUGAGAUCGGAGAAAGUUCACAGGAUUGAACAGAAAUUCGCUAACCAACUGAAAACUACGCAGAGCAAAAUUUUACAAGGAUUCACUAGGGAUAUAGCUGUUAUAAGGAAGAUAAUAAACGAAGCUAACCUAAUUAAAUUGAAGCCGGUAUAUGUCGAGCCCAAACCUCAUCUACACAGAAGUUCAAGCUGUCCUAUACUGACUUUCGAUUGUGAACCACGUGGAUCCCUGCCGAAACGAAAAAGAGCCAACUCCGAAAACAUACAACUAUCGACUAAAGACAUCCUUCGUAUUCAAUCAGACACAGACCUGCUUGGCAUUGACAAAGAGAAGACGUUCACAGCACAAGCUAUCGUCAAACCUGCUGAACUUUUAGCCAGAGUAGUCAAUGUUCUAGGCGGUUUCAACCAGACACAAGAUAGAGGCAUUAAUAUUUUCGACGACGAUCACAUCUUAGCUAGUGAAAAACCGCCAAUAUUUAGUAUAGGACAAGAUGUUUUAACCAAAAGAACACGAGCGUGCAGCGUGGCUGUUCCUAAUUAUAGAAAAGAAUCCGUUGCCAACUACGACCAUGACUUCACCUGGACUAAUGGUGACACGGCAGAGAAGUAUCGGAAGGAGGCAAACAUUCGUACGGGUAAAUUAUCUCUACCAACAGCUACUGUCCCCGCUGAAGAUAUGCAACCGAAGAGUCUAUUCGCAAGGCUAUUUAGAAAACCCAGUUCAGGAGACAGUCCAUCAGAGUACAUAAAGAAUACAAUGAAAGGACGAUUCAGCGCAGCGCAGGCGACAACUAAUGAUAAGCCAACUAGUAUGUAUCCUUUGUCGUACGGUGUAAGCGAAGAAGAAAGAAACGAUUUAGAGAAAUAUAGAGAACGAACGAAACGAGGUAGACACAGUAUAUUUCCAACAUUUGACUUUUCUGAAGACGAAGAUAGGGCAGCAAUGAGAUCAUAUCAACAAAGACCGAAGCGCCACAGUAUAUUCCCAACUUUCAAUUUUAGUGAAGAUGAAAGUGAUGAAGCUAAGGCGUACAAAGAAAGAACGAAAUCUGGACGUCACAGUAUUUUCCCAACAUUUGAUUAUAGUGACCAAGAGGAAGCUAAUAGGUACAAGGAAAAGACCAAACGAGGGAGACACAGUAUAUUCCCCACGUUUGACUUUAGUGAUCACACUAGUAACGACGACGAUACAAUGGACGAGGAUGAAAUACAGAAAUAUCAAAAUCGCACGCGUAAAGGUCGGACAAGUUUGUUCCCAACAUUUAGUAAAUCUAAGAAGAGCGACGAUGAAGCGUUACCUGAAAGCUCAGAUGAGCUAGUCAACUAUAAGGAGAAAACGAAACAUGGACGAAGCAGUCUCUUCCCUUCAUUUGGAAAAAGUCGCAAGACUAGUACUCCAGAGGACUACUCGUCAGACUUAGAGAAAAGCAUCAAGCAGUACCAGAAUCAGACAAAACAUGGUCGCAGCAGCUGUUUCGCGGGUACAUCAUCGUCCACUGAAAACGAUUUUGCAAGUGACCUAGAGAAUUAUAGGAAUAAAACGAAACGUGGUCGCCCCAGCUUAUUUGACCCAGACGUUAAUAUAUCUACAUUACCUGAAAACGAGCAAGUAGAAGUACUAGAAAACACAAGUAUAGCUGAUUUGUUGCGCGCUUUAGCAGUAUUAGAAACGGCUAACGCUCAAGCGGAACAAUCUUUCCCCGACACGGGAAGGCGUGGUUCAAUACGUCCAGACUAUAAUCUUCCUACAAUACCCUGUAGAGAUUUGGACGACCAAAUUGGUCCUCGCCGAAGAAGAGUCAGCGCUAGACUUGUAGCGCCACAAUUUACACCAACGCUAGCCACUGUUGUUGCUGGUGCUGAGUUACAAAUAACAGCUGCAACGCAGCGGGAGAACCGAAUGACAAUGUUGUCACAGCCGCCACCUCCGUACACAGAGACGGAGGAAUACCAGCCCAGAACUAGAAGAUAUUCGCCCGCUUCAACAGAAACCAGAUCCACUGGUCCUAUACCGCGACUGUGUUCAAGAAGCCGCAGUCAAGAUGACUCUAGACGCGGCAGUUUAACCGAUAUUGUGAUUGAUAAUAACAAAGAUAAUACGUAG